AUGGCGGCUGGUAAGUGGUUCUGCCUUUUUCUUGUGUCCUCAAUAUUUGAUUCUACUUUUGGGAAUCCCGCCGGCUGCUCGGAAAAGGCGGGGAACUAUGACAGCGUCCGACCCGUGAGAUGUACGAAGUCUGGAACUCUUUCGAACACAUUUAGCACCUUCUCCUGGCAAAGGCUUGAGGUAACAGAGUACCAAACUGGGGUGUCAGCGGGUGAUUUCUCUGGAUUUUCAUCGGCAUCAACAACCAGUUUCGACUCUUCAUAUCCCCAUUCCCUCACCAUAGUCUGUAAGCCUGGUAUUACGUCCUUCACCGUGGCUGCCAAUGCGUUCUCCCAGUUUCCUAACGUCCAAGUAUUAGAGUUUCUGAAUUGUCCCAUCACGUCGAUUCCCGCCAACGCUUUCCCGGGGCACUACUUGGAUCACUUAAUUUUCACUGGUGGUAAAAUAGGCUCAAUUGACGCUAAUGCAUUCAGUGGUCUGAAUAUUAGCAAGCUCUCCAUUCCAGGAGCUGUUGGUGGCAUAACCAUAAACAGCGAGCUAACCUCAGGUCUUCCAGAAAAAGUCUUCGAUUCGCUGCAGUCCAUGGAAUAUCUAGCUAUAGAUGAAGCGAAAGUCAGCACCAUCACUGUGGGCAUGGUUGGAAACCUCACUAAUCUCCGAUAUUUGAAUUUACGAAAUAACCUCAUCACUAACAUCACAGACGGUAUUUUCACCAAUAUGAAGAGUUUAUCUUACCUUGACUUUGAGGGUAAUAAGUUUACAUGCACCUGUACCGAUCUAUGGUUCCUUAAAUACACAGCUGAAAACCAUAUCCAUUUGCUUGGAGGACCACUGUGUGAAACCCCAGCUUCUCACAACACCAAGAGGGUGACCGUGUACGACGACGAAGUCUGCGCUGUGGACGAUGUAUGUGGUGGUACAGCUGGACUGGCCAUGGGCGGCAGUUGUAUGCCGCUGUACCAGUUAGCGAGUUACCUGCUGCUUCUCAUCAUCCUGAUCCUCUCGUGUGUGGCACUGGGCUGUAUCUGUAAGACCCGUAAAGAGCUCACAAGGGUACAGAGGAGGAUGAAGAACAAACGGGCUAGUUCUUGGAAUAGGGUACAGGAAGCCAUGAAACAGAGGAGCGGUGCGAAACAAAAACCACCAGUCGGAAAAAAUGGAUGGGUGUGA